AUGCUGGAAGUUGAUUUUUACAAUGACAAAGGGCGUUUUCUGAGAAGCAUGUACGGGGAGAUAGAGCUCCCAGAUGGAGCCUCGAAGAUCAAGAUUCAUGGCUCGGGUGAUAAUGUCAACAACGGCUUUCAAAUGCUGUUGAACAUGCUAAAACGUUAUGGAGGGAAGAUUAAUAUGGUAUCCUUACACGACAUUCAGGAGAUCUCACCAGAAAUGUUGGCAUUCCUAGUUUGGAUUGCGUCGAAGACGAAUGGAUUGGAGGUGUACGAUUGUAAGCUUGGCGAUUCUGGAUUUGCAAGUUUAAUGUCAGCAGUGCUCCAACCAAACGGAUUGACAAAGCUCGAGUUGACGAUAGACAACGAAAGCCCGAGAAUAACAAAGCAUCAAGCAACGCUGCUAUUUGAGGGAGUUGCGCUAUCGUCUUCGCUUAAGAAUUUGCGCAUCGAUGCAUAUUUUGAGGACCACGAUUUGAACGAAAUCGGUCCAAUCCUACUCUAUACGUUGAGGCGAAAUCGUAGUCUGAAGGAUCUCCAAUUGAUUACGAAUUGCUUAGGUAGAGAGGGUUUGAUUGGAAGUUUAAUUCAGGCUGCAGUCUUGCAAACGAAAGUGACAGAUCUCCAUUUGGAGCAUGCUGACGACACGGAAGAAACUAUCAGUUCAAUCUCAUUGGAUACCCUGGCAGAUUCUGUAUGCCGUAGGGACUGCUCCCUUCGUGAUCUUUUGCUUGACAACAUAUUACUGGAACCUGAAAGCAGUGCCAAAAGCGCUGCCAUGGAGAAGAAUUCAUCCGUGAUAUGUUUGAACCUCCUAAAUGUGGGCAUUGCUUUACCCGAUGCUAUGCCAACUAUUCGGUUAUUCGACUCGCUAAAAGAUUUGGUGCUAAUGAAUUGCAGCAUUUCUGAUCUGACGCCGUUGGACGAAAUACUCCUUAGAGGAAAGGAGUCGAAACUGGAACGUUUGACAUUGAAUGGAAACGAUAUCACUGAACAGGACUUGAUAAUCUUCCUCGAAAAAGUACCAAGGAUGAGAUGUCUAAAGUGUUUAGAGUUGGCUGAUAUGACUUGCCUUGAAGUUACAGAGACCUGCGUUGCUGCCCUAAAGAAUGCCGUAUGGUCGAGCACGAGCUUGGAAAGCGUAUACUACAAUUUCGAAAGCGCGUCAUUGAAGCAACUUGAUUCCAUGAUCAAAGUUGCAACAACGUUGAACCGAGGUGGACAGAGAAAGCAUCUUGACUGCUAUCCGAUUUCGUUGCCACAGAACCUAUGGUCUCAUGUUCUCAAGAGAGCGAUGACGAUCAAGUACUACGAUGAUGAGGACGAGUGGAAAUUGCCAACAUUGACCACUCCUUGUUUCGAUGCUGUCUACUGGCUGCUUUCGACGAAGAUGCAUUUCUAA